AUGAUCCAAAAGGAUAUUAUUAAUGUUUGUGCAAAAGAAACAAUAAAGGCUAUAAUUGGAGACUUGAAUGGAUAUUGCUUUGGUAUAUUAGUUGAUGAGUCCAAAUAUAUCUCACACAAAGAAUACACGGCUCUUGUUUUGCGUUAUUGUGAUAAGAAUGGUGAAGUGGUAGAGCUAUUUGUUGGUCUUGUCCAUGUUAGUGAUACAUCGACAUGCUCAUUGAAGGAAGCAAUCUGCUCUUUGCUUUCGGAGCACUCACUAAGUCCAUCACAAAUACGUGGACAGAGUUAUGAUGGAGCUAGUAACAUGUGGGGGGAGAUAAGUGGUCCCAAGACUUUGAUUAUGAAAGAUUGUUCAUCGGCAUAUUACCUUCAUUGUUUUGCGCAUCAAUUACAAUUAACACUUGUAGCGAUUGCUAAAAAGCAUUUGCAUGUUGAAGACUUCUUUUGUCAUGUUACUAACGUGUUGAAUGUCAUUGGAGGAUCUUUUAAGCGCAGAGAUUUGCUUCGACAUCUUCAAGCUGAAAAGUUGGAGCAAUUACUUGAGUCCAGUGAAGUUCACAUUGGGCGAGGACUAAAUCAAGAACGAGGGCUUCAAAGACCAGGUGACACUCGUUGGGGAUCACAUUUCAAAACAUUAGAUAACUUUAUUGUUAUUUUCUCAUCUAUUGUUCGUGUGCUUGAAAGGGAUGAAGAUAUUGUUAAUACCGUGGAGUUUCUUAACAUCACAAAGAAAAGAUUGCAAGAUAUGAGAGAAAGUGGAUGGAAAUCUUUACUAGAUGAUGUUUCCUCAUUUUGUGUUAUGCAUGACAUUUUGAUUCCCAAGAUGGAUGUAUCUUAUUUUCCUGGAAAGUGGAAGCGCAAGUCUUCCGGUGUUUAUUAUUCACACUACUUGCGUGUUGAUAUCUUUUAUGUUGUAAUUGUUGUGCAACUUCAAGAGCUUAAUGACCGUUUUGAUGUAGUGAGUAGCGAUUUGCUUCUCGGGAUGACUAGCUUGAAUUUGGUCAAUUCUUUUGUUAAUUUUGAUAAAGGUAGAAUAAUGACUUUAGUAAACUGUUACCCAAAUGAGUUAGAUGAAGUACAAAUUCGAGACUUGAGUUAUCAACGUGAUACUUAUAUAGUUCAUAUGCGAGCUGGUAAUCCCAAGUUCUCCAACUUACAAGGAAUUAGUCAUUUGACAAAAGCAUUGGUUGAAGCAAAUCUUGUAGAGACUUAUUCUUAUGUUUAUUUACUUGUGAAGUUGACUCUGAUUUUACCUGUUGCUACCGCAACUGUGGAGAGAGCAUUCUCAUCCAUGAAGCAGAUAAAGAAUGAAGAACGGAAUAGCAUGGGUGACCAAUAUUUAAAUGAUUGUUUAGUUUGUUGCAUAGAGCGUGAUGUAUUCAUAAAUGUUGUGGAAGUUAGCGUCUUAAAGAAAGUAAGGCACUCUUCGGUCAAGUAA